GCGCUAUGAACAAUGGGUAGCUGUUCGUUACCAGAUUUCUAUCUCUGUUAAGAUCUCCACCUAUGCGUUAUCAUGGACCUAAGCAUUAAUUUCUGACACUUUACCUGUAAUUAUUUCCUGGCAUUUAGCUCUUCAUUUCAUGUAUCUAUUUUCCUAUAAUUUUUGCCCUGUGCAUCUAAUGACUUCUGUCUAGUGCCUAGUUAUCUGUAUCUUCCUUUUCAAGCUAUAAUUUUUGCUACCAGUUAUUUGGUGAAUCGUUAUUUCUACUGUAAUUCCUAUAUAUUGUAUGCCCCCCACUGUGCUCCGUUGGGAGUUUGGGGGAGUAGGGUGCACCUUUUACCUUUUUUAAUUUUCUUUUUUCUUUUUUUUUAACAAUCCCCUCCCUGUCUCAGAUUUUUACUUCAAAGAGGCCUGAGGUAGGACAGGUGGGGGGACUGUGGCUUGCCUGUAGCAACCAGUGCAGCCCACAGGAAGUACCGAUGACAGCGAUUUUUUCUUUGCAGCCCCUCCUAAUUAGCGGGGAAGGUUGUCAUAGAGCAGCGUGAGAAACCGGGGAGCUGCCAGAGCUACCCUCCGCCCCUCCUUAGACUGCGUGGUGGCCGCAUGACACAGCAAAGCCCUGUAGGCCUUGGAUGCUUAUGGGGUGUCUGGACAAAGGGUUUCCGGGGAACUAUGAGGGAUCCUGUGAGUAGCCAGUACAGCUCCUUUCUUUUCUGGAGGAUGCCCAUCCCAGAGCUGGAUCUGUCGGAGCUGGAAGACCUGGGCCUGUCAGAUACACCUACCUACAAGAGCAAGGACAGCAACGUUGGAAAAAUGGGCCGUCAAGCAACCGGAGCAGAGCAGAAGAACCCUGAAGGUGACCCUCUCCUUGAAUAUAGCACCUUCAACUUCUGGAGAGCUCCCAUUGCCAGCAUUCACUCUGUCGACCUGGACUUGCUCUAAGGCCAAAACGUCUCUCUCCCACCCCAUACCCUCGUUGCCUUCCCUUUUGAGUCCCUUCCUUUCUAAGCCUUUCCCAUUUUAAUCUUGUUCUCUUCCCUCUAUUGUGCUGGUGGUGCUGAUGAACCUGCCAAUUGAAUUGUAUGUAUGUAUGUCCGUAUUUAUUUCUUAUUUAUUUAUUUAUUUAUUUAUUUAUUUAUUUAUUUGCCUAUCUAUCUGCCUGCCUACUCCAUUUCUCCAAAAGCCUUCUAGGCACAAAGUCAAGGGUUUAGCCAUUGGAGUACUAGAGCAUAGGAUUUCCACCCCCAACCCUGAGAAUAUUAACUAGUCCCAGAAAACCAUCCUUAAAGGGGGCACCAGAGAGAAGUACAGUUGUUCAAAAUGGGAGGCCUUUAUUUUUUUUUAGUUACAUUUUAAUCAGCUUAAAAGAUUUCCUUGGUCCUCCCUAAUUUCCUGCACAAGGCCAGUAAGCAGGUAUUUCUUAAAGAAGUAAUGAGAACCUGGAAGUUUUGAGAUGCUUUCUACAAAGCAAGAUUCCUAAAACACUAAGGUAGUAAGUUCUGUUCCUUCUUGUAGCAUAUUCUCUUCUUCAGAAACGUGGGUUACAAGAGGAAAUAACACAUCCUGGAGAAUGGAAAUGAGGAAAAGCUUGGAACCAUUUCAGAAUUUUGGGGGGGGGUAGUUUGAGACAGGGUUUCAUUGUGUAGCUUUGGAGCCUGUCCUGGAACUAGCUUUUAUAGACCAGGCUCGUCUUAAACUCAAGAGAUCCUCCUGCCUCUGCUCUGCCUCCCAAUUGCUGGGUUAAAGGCGUGCACAACCACCGCCUGGUUUAGAAAUAGUUCUUUUAGCAUCACCUCAACUCUGCUCCCAGCUGUGGGUUGGAAACUUUUCAGAAAAUCCAUCUUCAUGGGGAAACCUUAGUAUUAGGAUAAUCCAUAAAAGGUAAAAGAUUUAUAUGAUCUAAAGAGAAACCAUCGUAUUAGGAUAAUUUAUAUAAAAUUAUGAUUCAGUCAUGAAAGAAGAGGCAGAGUGUUUUGCUCUUUGGUAUUUCAGCUUUGCCUUUCUGUAGUUGCAGUUUGUGAUAGGGAUCGAUGGUUCCUGGGCAUAGUUCUUCAGCUACUGUAAGAAAUAAGCAAUUAUAUUCGGACCCUACACCUGUCCUCGUUCCUUCCAAAGUUAUUGCUGCUGAUUUGUGCUGCCAUUUAUUCAUUUAUUUAAUAAAGUUGUUGAAUCCUG